GAGACUACAGAUGUGGGCUGGUACAAUGUGGCGCUGUGAGGUCCUGCACCACUCAGAGGACGCAUGAGAGCUGAGGAAAGUCGGAGCAGACUGAAUCAAAGUAAGUUUCCAGUCUGUCUACCUCCCAAUAGUGACCAUGAGAGUCCUCCUACUAAUCUGCAUGCCAGUUCUGCUGCUCGCCCAGGCCCAGUACCAGGAACAGUUUCCUUUUUUGGAGGACUAUGGGCCGGAUUAUUUCCCAGAUUCUGAAAAUCCUGAAUCUCCUCCUGGAACCUACCAGCAGCAAGUUCGACUGGAGCCAGUGGUGCGUCCAGAAAAAUCAGAGUCGGAGACGGAGCCCACUGAGCCUGGUCCUCUAGACUGCCGAGAGGAACAGUAUCCCUGCACCAGACUCUACUCUGUUCACAAGCCAUGCAAACAGUGUCUGAACAGCCUCUGCUUCUACAGUUUGCGUCGGGUUUACGUCAUCAACAAGGAGGUCUGUGUGAGGACUGUGUGUGCUCAUGAAGAACUGCUCCGAGCGGACCUGUGUCGUGACCAGUUCUCUCGGUGCGGCGUGGCAGCUUCCAGCGGUCAGUGUGCAUCACUGGGAGGAAGCUGCGGGAAGAGCUGUGGAGGCUGCUGAUUGACUUCAGAGAUCAGGGACAUGACCUGCCCAGAUACUGCCGCUUCCCUUCUACUCAUCCAACCCUCUCACUUUUUCCCCCUCCUUCACCCUCCUUACUUUGCCUUUACUCUUCCUGCAUCAGUCCUGUGCCAAAAGCACUUUUGCAUUUGUACUUUUGUCCUUUUUUUUUUAAUCACUGUCUUCUCUCUUGUAGGCCUACGUCUGCCCAGUAGAUCCUGUGUGUAUGGCUAAAUAUAAUCCAAAGAACAAUGAUGAUUGUAUAAAUCACUGGUGCUAUUAAAUCGUCACACUGGUGCUACUACAGAUGCACAUAAACAUCUUUUUUGAAUUUUUUGGCUUAUUGCACCGCAUUAUUCUCAUGCUUUGAGUUUGAUAUGUUACUGUAGUUGUGUUGUAAAACAAGUCAUUGUCAUUAUGAUGGACUUGUUGAUGGUGCACUGACAUCAGACAAACCUUUUGAAUACCAGUAGCCAGUAAGAUCCCAGGAUUUGUAAAGGAACAGGUGGCGAGUGACCUCAGUUUUGUACUACUGCUACCUGGAUCUGUGCUUCGCAAUCAACUAGCAAUUUUAUAGGAAUAUACUCCAGUGCUUUGAAAAGGCAUCCCACACACAACCCCCGUACUACUGCUUCGUAAAACUGUCACUAUAAAGACUGAGAAAAAAAAAUAAACUUUUUUUUUACUA